UUAUAUGGUAACUGUGAAGGAGAAAAUCUGCUUUUCCUCCAAGUAUCAAAAUGGCUUCCAACGUUUCGUAUAAUCAAGAAAAGCCCCAAUCAAAGGUUUUCGAAGAAGAGCCUGAAGCAACUGGAGUCGCAGCAUUUUUGGCUAGUCAUUUUAAAAAGCAUGAUGAUCUUCGAGAAAUGCUUGACAACAGUAAAGAUGGUCCAAAACUUGACGCAAUGCGAAGGAUCAUUGGGAUGAUGGCACAAGGAAAAGAUGUGUCUGAAUUGUUUCCUGCUGUUGUGAAAAAUGUUGUAUCCAAGAAUAUUGAGGUCAAGAAACUUGUGUAUGUGUACUUGGUAAGAUAUGCUGAAGAACAACAAGAUCUUGCAUUGCUAUCAAUCAGUACUUUUCAACGUGCCUUGAAGGACCCCAACCAGCUUAUCAGAGCAAGUGCAUUGAGAGUUUUAUCAAGCAUCAGAGUUCCUGUGAUUUGCCCAAUAAUGAUGAUAUGCUUAAAAGAGGCUUCUAUGGACAUGUCACCUUAUGUACGAAAAACAGCUGCCAAUGCCAUCGCAAAGCUUUAUAGUCUUGAUCCAGAUCAGAAAGAUGCAUUGGUAGAGAUUAUUGAAAAACUACUACAGGACAAAACUACACUAGUCGCUGGGAGUGUUGUUUAUGCUUUUGAAGAAGUUUGCCCUGACAGAAUCGACUUGGUUCACAAGAACUUCAGAAAGCUGUGCAACAUGUUGAUUGACAUCGAUGAAUGGGGACAGGUUGCUGUUAUAAACAUGCUGACAAGAUAUGCAAGAACUCAGUUUCUAGAUCCAAAUAAAAACGAGGAUAAUUUAAAAGAAGAACAAUUUUACCCAAGCUCUGAGGAGUCUGAAGAUAAUGGAGUUGAAGAGGAGAAAGAAACGACGGAGAAAAAGCAAGCUUACGUCAUGGACAGUGAUCACCGGUUGUUGCUGCGGUCGGCUAAGCCAUUGCUCCAAAGCAGGAAUGCUUCGGUUGUAAUGGCGGUUGUCAAGCUGUACUAUUACUGUGCACCCUCAAGUGAGGUUCAUAUUGUUGUGAGAGCAAUGAUCAGAUUGUUAAGAAGUCACAGGGAAGUCCAGACCGUAAUUUUGAGCAAUAUUGCAACGAUGAGUGUCACACGAAAGGUGCUAUUUCAGCAGUAUUUGAAAAGUUUCUUCGUUCAUUCUGACGAUUCAACUAAUGUCCGGGUUUUGAAGUUGGAGAUCUUAACAAAUCUUGCAACAGAGUCUAAUAUUUCUGUCAUCCUGAGAGAAUUUCAGACUUACGUAACGAGUUCAGAUAAAGAGUUCGCUGUUUCGACCGUACAAGCAAUCGGGCGAUGUGCAUCGAAUAUCCCAGAGGUCACUGAUACAUGCCUGGCUGGUUUAGUCAGACUGCUGUCAAACCGUGAUGAAUCGGUAGUUGGUGAGAGUGUUGUGGUUAUCAAGAAGCUGUUGCAAAAAGAGGCAAAAGAGCACACGGAUAUCAUCGUGCACAUGGCCAAGAUCAUCGAUAAGAUAUCUAUUUCCAUGGCAAGAGCGAGCAUUUUGUGGCUCAUUGGAGAAUACUCGGACCAUGUGCCGAAGAUCGCACCUGAUGUAUUGCGAAAGAUGGCGAAGAACUUUAUCAACGAGGAAGAUAUUGUGAAAUUGCAGAUUGUCACCCUUGGCGCUAAGUUGUUCUUAACAAACCCCAAACAGACAAAAUUGCUUUGUCAAUAUGUUCUCCAGUUGGCUAAAUAUGACCAGAAUUAUGACAUCAGAGAUAGAGCCCGGUUUAUAAAGGUUUUGCUCUUUCCAGGAGAAAAUACUGAGGGUGGGCUAAAGAAGAAAGCGAAAAAAUUCUUUUUGUCAGAGAAACCAGCUCCAGUGAUAGAAUCAAUAUUCAAAGAUCGUGGACAGUACCAGCUUAGCUCCCUCUCUCAUAUGAUCAACGCAAGGGCUAAUGGAUACCAGGAUCUCCCAGACUUCCCUGCGACACAGCCUGAUCCAACUGUCCGCAAUGUUGAGGUUGUCGAUAAAGUUUGGGGUAAUCAACUUUUGGUCACGAAGUCAAAGAAGAAGUCCUCCUUUUACUCCGAUUCAGAAGGCGAAGAAGAAGAGAGCGACGAAGAAUCGGAAGAAGAAUCCGGAUCAGAGGAAAGCGAAGAAGAUGAAGAAAAUUCAGAAGAAGAAGCUACAGAUGAGGAUGUAGAUUCAGAAGCUAGUGAAGAAGAAGACAGCGAAGAAGAAGAUGAUGCCAAAACUGCUAAGGCUGGAAAAAAGGUUAGCAAAGCAGCAGCAGUUGAAAGUUCAGAAGAGGAAGAUGAAGAGUCGGAAGAAGAAUCGAGCGAUGAGUCAGAGUCUGAGGAAGAAACUUCAGAAGAAGAAGAAGUUCAGACGAAAAAAACCAAACCAAAGGAGACAAAGAAGAAGUCUGAUGGUAAAGAUUUUACAAGGAACAAGUCUUCAUAUGACCAACUUCUUGAUAUUGAUUCAAUCGGAGAUCAGCUCCCGGCGAUUGACAGUACAUCAACUGACAUGUUGACUCCAUCUCUUUCUUCGGAAAUGGAAGCUCUGUCAUUGACGUCAUCAAAUGCCUACUCGAUAAAUCCUCAGACUACAGAUGUGCAAAAAACAUACGAACUCUUAAAUCGAAUAGCAGGUGAAGGACUCAGCAUCGAGUACAGAUUCACGAGAGCUCCUUGCAUUUACUCAAAUUCUAUGGUCACUAUUGAAUUAAUUCUUAAGAAUACUUCUGCAAAACCGAUUCAGAAGAUCUCGGUUGGAAGUAAGAGGCUUUCGGCCGGCCUACAAAUGCACGAUUUUCAGGAAAUAGACGUGCUCAAUACCUCACAAACCCUGGCAGUAUCCAUUGGCAUCGAUUUUCGUGACACAACUCAACCUGCCAAUUUUGAUAUUUGCACAAAUACUCGAAAAUUUGCUGUAACAGUCAAACCUCCUGUUGGCGAACUAGUUCAAAGAAAUCCGAUUUCUCAGGACGAAUUCAUAUCCGAGAAAGCGAAGCUAACUGGAAUGACUGAAAGCUGUAUAUCAACUGUGGUGGCUGAUGGACUCAAAGACGCAAAAGCUUUAAUUUCUAAAAUCACACAAAAUAUUAACACUGCGCUGGUCCCUUCAACUGAAGAUCUUGUAUACAGGUUCGCUGCGAAGUUGAUUUCUUCGAGUACACUUGUGCUUCUCACGAUCCAACUCUCCGGCGAAGACAACACUGCAAAGAUUAUCGUUAAUUGCGAAAAGAUCAGUAUUACGUCAUUGUUGUCAAAGGAAGUGUCCAAUAUGAUCUCGUAAUCCAAUCUUCUGAGGUAAUCAGAUAAACAAUAAUUUCUAUCGAAACUGUUUAGAAUUAGCAGAAUUAAUUGUUACAAAGGGAAUUUAUUACAUAAGAAGAGCUAUUUUUUGCAAAUGUAGUUUUUUUAAAAGAUGUUUUCUCUUUAACUAACAACUCAGUUUCAUAGUUCGUUAUUGUUUAUCUCCUUGUACAAUUAUCUGGUUUGUAUUUCUAAAAUUGUGCGAAGUUGGCGCCUUUCUUCCUAUUUCUGCAAACUGGAAAAGAACUGGUCGCAUAUUGCAGCAUAUUUCACCGAUUAGGGUCCAUUGCACAAGCUCCAUUCACCAAAAUUUACUUAUUCAUAGCUGUCGCUUCUGCGGAUGAAAAAAAUUUAAUCUAAAAACUAAUAAACGAGAAACAAUCAACUUAGUCAAUGUCAUAUUAUUCUGCCUUAAUUAUUCCACUGGUCGGCUUCUUAUUCACUUGACUUCCUUAUUUCUCUAAUUUCGUAAUGUCGCCUUAUAUUGUCAUGUCAUAUAGAUUUUAUAUUUCAAAAGCGUCAGCAAGAAAAUAUUACUGUUAGCCUUGUCAUAUCGUUUAUAUCCAGUUAGCAAAAUAGCUUGGAACGAGAAAGCUAGUGUUUUUUUUCUUUUUAAGUUAUAGGGCGUAAUUUUUUCACGUAAUUUCGGCGAGGCGUACAUGAAAAUGGGGAUGAGAAAUAAGGGUAGUAUUGAUCCAACAAAGAUCCACUGUCUUUUUCUGGAUGAAGCUAAUAUUAAUGAGGUAGAUUAUGAGGGAUAAACAGGGGUGCCGCCCUUAAAAGUUAUGAAAGGGUCUGUACUGUAGGCAAAUUCAAAGGCCACACCCAUGAUUACACCCUUACCACACCCAAUAUACUUGGAUUUGUGUUAUAGAAAUCUGCUUGUAUAAGUUGUGUGUAGAAAUCAUUUAAACUAUCCGAUGACACAAACAGAUUGAUAAGCAAUUGCACAUUCAUGAGAAAUCGAUAGUAAAAUAAAGGAUUGCCAACAAAGAAUUCGUUCAACUAAAUGAGGACCCACUUGCUGAGCACCCCUAAAUUUCCUGAAUUUUAACAAAAUGGCUAAGCCCCC